UGCGCAUUAUGAGAACAGCUUCGAACGACUUCAUGACAUUCGUACACGCUUUAAGUAUUUUAUAUUUGCGUUCCUCAAACUUUUUAUAUAAUGGCCGGUGUGGACCUGGCUAAAUUGGGGCUUAACUUGUUGAAGAAUGCCACGUCUGAAGAGAGGGUGGAGCUGCGGUCUCUCUGGCGAGACCAAGCGGUGGUCAUCUUAUUCCUCCGCAGGUUCGGUUGUCAGGUAUGCCGUUGGACCGCGGUAGAGGUAAGCAAGUUGAAGGAAGACCUGAGUGCGAAUAACGUGGCGCUGGUCGGGGUUGGUCCGGAAGAGUUAGGGCUGAAGGAAUUCCAGGAUGGGGGUUUUUUCAAGGGAGAGCUUUUUAUUGAUGAGAAGAAACAGACAUAUAAGGAGAUGGGCUUCAAAAGGUACAACGCCCUCAAUGUGGUUCCUGCAGCCCUGGGGAAGAAAGUACGAAACAUUGUCACCAAGGCAAAUGCUGAAGGUAUCCCUGGAAACUUCAGUGGGGAUCUCCUCCAGAGUGGUGGCAUGGCCAUCAUAGCCCAAGGUGGAGAGCAGGUUCUGCUGCACUUUGCACAAGACUCCCCGGGGGAUUAUGUACCCUUAGAGAAUAUUGUCAAGGCCCUGCGCAUCACCACCAGUGCACAGCAGGGGGAACGGCCACAGUGCAAUACUGAUGUAUGUACACGAUAAUGAGCCAUGGUUGUCUUGCAUCAGGGAGCGUUGGGGACAUAGGAGAAUGUGUCGCUCAUUCUCCCCAGCCAGGACAUCAGCUCUCGAGCCUGUGGAAGCUGCCAGAUGGUUGCUCUUAGAAACAGUGAUUUAAAGUGUUCUGUGUGUCCAACAGUUUUGAAUUUUGUUGUAUUUGGGAUAUUAACAUGAACUCAUACUGAUGUUAAUAGGACGUUUAGGGCUGUAUUUAUUACCAGAGUUUAUACCACAGCACUACAUGUGCCAGUCUUUCAUAAAAUUGCUCCAUGAAAACAUAAGGAACUGAAAUGUUGAUUCAUUUGUUUCUGUUGAAAACCAGCAGUUGCAUUAGCUUCAGGACACAGAAAAUGUUUUGUGUCGAAGUUAUCUUGUAAGUCGCCAGGAAACGCAAUGGGAGAGAUCACCUGCCAUCAACAUGGCAACAGCAAUAUCAGUCAUAUCUCUUCAAUUUGUCAGAUCUGACACAAAAGCUAUAAAUCUUAAGUCUGUAAGAUGAUUUCUCACAAACUGGCCUAAAUAAGUUUAUUUGAAAAAUAGGAAAAACACUAAACAUAACAUAUUUGCACUGAAUCAAGGAUUUAAUGUGAAGCGUACAAGCAGUAAUUGGAGAAAUAUUUAUUUCAUACAUGGGCGACAUGGCUCAGGCAGUAAGAGCAGUCGUCUGGCAGUCGGAGGGUUGGCGUUCGAUCCCCCACCCGGGCUGUGUCGAAGCGUCCCUGAGCAAGAAACCUUUUACAUUACAUUACAUUACAUUACAUUACAUUAUAUGCCAUUUAGCAGACACUCUUAUCCAGAGCGACGUACAACAAAGUGCAAAUUAAACACAAGAACAAGUGCAAAGAGGACCUGAGAGGACAGUAUAGUUCCGAGUCCUAGUGUAAACAUGCAGAAAAUCAGAACCCUUUAAGAGUACAAUCAACUUUCAAACUAGCAUACCACAAUUGCAGCUAGAAUACAAAAAAUAACAAUACCUAUACAAGUAACAAUAUCUAUACAAUCUAUACAUAAGUGCCAUUACAGUCUAAGGCUAAUCAUGGUGGUGAGUUGGGGAGGGAAAGGUGUAGCCUGAAGAGAUGGGUCUUCAGUCUGCGCUUGAAGGAGGUCAGAGACUUCUGAUAUCCACCGGGAGGUCAUCCCACCACCGUGGGACCAGGACAGACAGCAGUCGUGAGCUCCUGACGAGCUGGUUGGGGCCUUGCAUGGCAGCCAAUCGCCGUCAGUGUGUGAGUGUGUGUAUGAAUGGGUGAAUGGAGAAGCAUCAAUUGUACAGCGCUUUGGAUAAAGGCGCUAUAUAAAUGCCUGCCAUUUACCAUUUAAAUGCCUACCAUUUUAAAUAAUUAGUUUUUAUAUUUAAUAAAACGCUUGUAAUUUGCACCCCUGUGAAAUAAAUGUAAUUUAUUUGCAAUUCAUUAAGACACCCA